AUGGCUUUUGUUGGAAUGAUGAAGGACAUUGAACGAGAUCCUAGCAUUGCAAAACGUUAUGGUGUAUCUCUGACCGACGAAAUGUUUGCUAACAUGAAAAAGAAAAUCAACGAGCUUGAAAAACCUGGAGACAGUAGCAAACCUAAAGCGCCACCUGCGUCAACUGCGCCUCGCCCACCCACACAAACGGGGUAUGAAUGGAAAGAGGUUAAGACUGCUGACGGAUCUAUUUAUUACUGGAAUAAAAAAACAGGUGUCACACAGUGGGAGAGGCCACAAGCCUCGAUUGAACCUGUUGAUGACUCUGCCGCAGUUCAAAGGGAAAAACAACGCCUUGAUCAAUUUCUAUUUAACAGGCUUAUCGAACUGAGCGAGUCUGGACAUUCUGGAGCUAAUGAAGCCGUUUGUCAGGCCUUUGACGCGCCUCUACCUUCAUCUACAACUGAAGACGAACAGGACGCCGACAGUGACAAUAAAACAGAAGAUCCAAUUGAAGGUCCAAUCGAACCGGCCGCGCCUCCUUCACCCAAAAAGCCGAAAAUCAAAGUAAAUCUACUAGGAGAAUGGCAGCCAGUACUACCCGAACCACCGAAACCGACCUCCAACCUCGAUCUGCCUUCUGAUUUGCCCGUAAAACGGACGAGAAUAGAAAGGAUCAAACUCUGUCUACCCUCAGUCGCCAAAGGUAAGUCUUCAAGCGCGAAAGAAGUCUUCGCCGAGAAGGCUGAACUGCUGGCUCGCCUCUCGGAGGUCAACGAGUCUAACAUCGAUGAUGCCAAGCAUCCG